ACAGCUCCAUACAGGAAAAGUUGUUUGUCUCUUAAAUUUACUUGGAAGUUGACUUCCUGGAAGACCUAUCUCCAGGCCUCCGGUGGCCCCCGGGAAGGCCUGGAGGCCAGUGCUAGGCCAGUCCUGCCAGGCCUGUGGGGCGCAGAGGUUGCUGGACUGGGGCUGGGCUGCCGGCCAGUGGCCCUCAGGGAGGCUUGGAGGAGGCGCCACCAGAUGAGGGUCAGGUUACAGCCUGAGUCUCCCAAAGCAGGGGUAACUGGCUUGAUCUAGUGACUGGCUUUAUAAUUACAUCGCUGAUUUGUUAGGGGAGGCUUUGCCUUACUUACCAAUUAGCAUGGAUGUUACUGCAGGGACCUCCAAAAUCCUGGAUGGGCUUUAAUUUAUAAAAGAAGUCAGGGGGAGGGAGAUCUUCCCCAUCCAAACAGAUUUAGGGGUUCUGUCACUAACACUGCACAUUUCCUGCGUCUGUGCCCUGUCUGUAAAUAAGCAAAGACUCUUUCCCUGUUAAAUUUUGUCUUUGAGUCUGAGGCAGUCACUUUGGAAUAUGGAUACCAUCCUCUGUGCUUCACAUUACCCUCCUGGAGUGGGGACAGCCACUACUGCCCAGACACUGUGGGGCCCAGCUGCGAGCUUGCCUGUCAGUCUUGGCUUUCCUCUCUGGUGCGAUCAGUUGCCUCCAGAGCAACUACUGUGUCCUUUGCAGGGUGGUCUUUUUGUUCAGCUGUGUGUUUUGUUGUACUUAGGGGAGGGAGGGUGUUAAAAGCUUAGACAUCAUCAGAUUUCUUAGCCCAGCGUGUUGUUCAAGGUGUAAUAUCUUUAGUGUACAAGCUGUGUGAACAGUAGGGGCCUCCCCGUGGCAGUGGGAGGGGGCUUUUCCUGCCUGCUUGGGAGCUGCUGUGGUGUCGCAGGCUGCACAGAGGCCCCUCGAGGCUGGGGGAGGUGUCCUUCUUCCCCAGACAGAGGCUGUCCUCUCAGACCACUUUAAAAGCAGAAUCCCAAACACAUCUAAAGGCAAGUGGAGCCCGAAGAGGAUUGGUGAGAAUACUCUGUUUCAGAAGUUGUUCAAGACCAUUUCUAGUGCAGCACUGUGCCAGCUUCUCUUUUUUAGCUCAAAAGUCUGUCACCCACAGUGGGCUUUGCCAGGACUGCUUCCUUCUACCACUGCAUACCUCAGAAGAAACGGAAAGAAUGUGUGUCUCUCCACUUCAGGGCUCGGGCUUCGGCAGCACGCGAAGUCAGUGUGACAGUCACGGCUGCCAGCCUUCUUCUAUAGUACCUACUACUCUGCUUUGCUUGGUGUUUCUUCAACAGAGGUAGCUGCAUUGUUUUGAUGGUUUUUAGUAUCUCUGUAGUGCUUCGGGCCUCCGAAGCAGCUAGUGGUCAUGUCAGUGGCACUGAACAGUGUACCGAGGAGAUUUAGGAACACAGUGUCGAGCACCGCCAGCUCCCUAGAAGCCACACACUCCACUAGUAACCACUCUUACAAUGGGACCACAGAGAUGAGUGCAAAAACAUGUCACUUAAUGUAAAGACUGCUAUCCCCUGAAAAAGGAAAAUGCUGACUUUCUGAUUAUCAUUGUCUACUAACCCAAAAGGAAACGGGACCAAGGCACAAACCCAGUAAGACCUGGAGGUAUUUCAGAGUGAUGGCUCGUGGCUCUCCCUGUCCUGUCUGUCCCUUCUCCAGGGGUGGGGACGCUGGGUCAGGACCGCGUCCUGUGCCCUUCUCUCUGUGAAAGGCCAUGUACUUCCGCUAGCUCUGUGGUGCCUUUGUGCUCAUAGGAUCAGUCGUGCCUGCUCCAGUCAUUUCCUCAGAAGUCAGAAGUCGGCUGUUUGACCCUCUUCAUGGAAUCCUUGUAGCAUUAGCUCUUUUUUUUGCUGUGAAAUAGAAAAGUCUGCUGGUUAUGGAAGGUUUUCCUUCUGUCUAGUGUAACGACUGUUCUUUGGGGUGAAUUGAGUUAGAGCACAAUACAGACUUCCACAUCUCUUUGGCACAGAAUCACAACACCAGUCUUCAUGGGGGGCUGAGGAGGGUUCCCAGGCUGAUGGUCCCUCCUGAGGGUCCGGCGCAGGGCCCUGGGGUGAGCCAUCCGGGGAAGGAAGCAGAAUUUAUUGUUAGCAGCAUGGGAUGACAGGAGUCGUAGUUUUGAAAAGCAGAUUUCAUAUUCAUUCCUUUAAAAUCCUAAGUUAUUUCUUAAUAUAAAUUUUAAAAUGCCAACAUGAUGUGAAUCAAAAGAUUACCUCUCCGACUGUUGCGUUUUGUGAAAUUAUUUUAAAAUCACUGUCCUUUAAUAUCUGAUGUUUCAAUCUCAUAGGCUGAGCUUUGUCAUUCAAAUUGAGCUUAGACAUCUUCAUUCUGCCUGAAGUAUUUUAAAAAUACCAGUUGUCAAGCCAGGUGCAAUGGAUUACACCUGUGGUCCCAGCCACUCACAGCCCACUUGAGCUCAGGAGUUUGAGACCAGCCUGGGCAACAUAGUGUGAUUCUGUCACUUUAAAACAACAACAAAAACAUACUUUUGUUCCUUUUCGUCCAAUGUGCUUAAACACAAAUAGGGAAGGUCUUUUGACUCAAAAUGAACUUAAUAAAGCUAUUCUCAAGCUUAAAAUGUGAACUCGUCUGAUUGGGGAAAAGAAGAAAUCGUAGGUGUCAGAUGUGCUCGUAGCAGAAUCACCUAGAAACGCGUUGGGACUGCAGCCCCCGAGGCCUGCCACUCUGUUUUACCAGCUCCUCCACGAGAGGCUGGUGCCUGCCCUGGUUUGAGAACAGAACAGUGAGUGAGGAGAUCUCUUCCCGAAGGGCUCCCUGGGCUGGAGCUUUCUUGCCUACCUCUGCCGAGUACUUUAUGACCAGGUGCGCCCUUGAAGCGCACUCUGAGGUCUGGGCCCCUCCCCGGCGUGCGCACACCUGGCUGUGUUUGAUGCUUCUCAGCUGUCCCUGUGUCUUUUCUUAUUCUUUCCACUUACUGUUGAUUUACUCAGCAGCUGUACGCGGGACAUCUGCGUGGCAGGAAUUAUACUCUCCUUCUGUUGGGCAGAAGUGGCCCCACAGACCCAGCUCAUGCCCUCGUGAGGCUUGCUGUCUGCAGGUUGGAGACAGACAUUCCCACCCUAAAUCUAAACUUCAGACUGCAGAGCUACCAACCUUAUUUCUUGAUGACCGCAGCGCUCGGUAAUCUGUCAGAGUCUCUGCUGCAGAAGGUGCUCAGAAUCAGGAAUCGGCAAGCGUGAAUAGGCAGAUAUAUGUUGGGUAAAGGAGGAAAACGGAAGUUUGAUGAGCAUGAAGAUGGGCUGGAAGGCAAAAUCGUGUCUCCCUCCGACGGUCCAUCCAAGGUGUCUUACACCUUACAGCGCCAGACUAUCUUCAACAUUUCCCUUAUGAAACUCUAUAACCACAGGCCCCUAACAGAGCCCAGCUUGCAAAAGACCGUUUUAAUUAACAACAUGUUGAGGCGGAUCCAGGAGGAACUCAAGCAGGAAGGCAGCCUGAGGCCCGUGUUCACCCCCUCCUCCCAGCCCAGCGACGCGCUGAGCGACAGCUACCGAGAGGCGCCGCCAGCCUUCAGCCACCUCGCGUCCCCUCCCACUCACCCCUGUGACCUGGGAAGCACUACACCCCUGGAGGCCUGCCUCACCCCGGCCUCACUGCUCGAGGAUGACGAUGACACUUUUUGCACUUCGCAGACUGUGCCGCCCACAUCUCCUCCCAGACUCUCCCCUCCAGACCUUCCGCAGGAAAAGGACAGCUUCUCCUCGGCCUUAGAUGAGAUCGAGGAGCUCUGUCCCACAUCUACCUCCACAGAGGCCACAGUGGCAGUGACUGACAACUUGAAAGGGAGCUCCAGCGGGUCUAGCAUCCCAAAACCUGAGGGGUCCCAGGAGGGCCGCACGGAUGACUCAAAACUGAUGGACUCUCUGCCUAGCAAUUUUGAGAUAACAACAUCCACAGGUUUCCUGACAGACUUGACCUUGGAUGACAUCCUGUUUGCUGACAUCGAUACGUCCAUGUAUGAUUUUGACCCCUGCACGUCCGCAUCGGGGACAGCCUCAAAAAUGGCCCCUGUGUCGGCCGAUGACCUCCUUAAGACCCUGGCUCCUUACAGCAGUCAGCCCGUCACCCCAAGUCAGCCUUUCAAAAUGGACCUCACAGAGCUGGACCACAUCAUGGAGGUGCUCGUCGGGUCCUGAGACCCAGGGACCCGGUAACAGUGCUCGCCCAGACACCGCGAGCGUUCCCACGCCCCGACAGUUCUCCGCACUGUGCAUGUACCCUUGCUUGCCUUUUUUCAGAGAAGAAGAAAAUUUUACAAAAGGAUCACAUUAGUUUUUGCUUUGAGCAGAGUUGGAGUGCCUUCAUCUAAACAUGACCACUUUUAAUACGCUUUUUUGAGUGGUUUCUCAGAGACCUGCUACCGUGGUAUGGGAAAGAACACAUCUGAAGACAACGUCAUUAACGUUGACUGAUGAACAUAAACAGUUAAAGUGAAGCACAAGGAUUAAGUUGGGAAAGCUGUAAAUUGCAUGUGCAUAUUUGUCUAUUUUUUCUAUAAGUUUUAUUGCAAGAGGUAAAAAAAGAAAAAUAUAUAUAUUAUUUAGAUAAUCUCAGUACCUUUCCUGGCAUUUUUGCCCUGUAUAGGUUGACUUGGCAAUUCAGCCUUUUUAGAGGCAUUAACUACUCCUCGUAAGUGUUGCAUUUACCUGGCUGUUUAGAAAACUGCUGCCCAAAUUUAUUUUAUAUUUUUGUACAGAUUAUGCAGUUUAUGAUAUUGUUUUUCUAAAAAACAAAUGCUGUUUAUACAUAUAAGAUAGCUAUUUUGAUAGGAUUUGCUCACAUAGUUCCUGCAAACUUCAAAUGUACAAGUCGCACUUGUACUUUUAUAGAGUUGUAAUGUUUUAUAUGUGUAUGGUGCAAGAGAAAAUUGGAUCAAAUCAAUCUGCAGUUGAUGUCCCCAGAUGCAAAUACACACACACACACACACACACACACACACACACACAGAGCCUUUUAAUAAAGGGCCAGGUGAUAAUCACACCCAAAUUUCACAAGCACUGACCCCCUGGCACAAACACCCGCCAGAACUGUGACUUCCAAAGCCAGAACCACGUCUGCUUAUCAAACUUGCAUUAAGCCGUUGGCAGGAGAUGGCGGUGGGGCUUGGGGUUGAGUGAUGGUUCUCCUUAGCUCCCUCCUUGGAGGGAAGGCUAUCGUCUUACUAACAGUGUAUUUAUGCCAAGUUUGCUCUUUUAAUUGUUUUUAUUUUUUUAAAUGAAAACCCAGAUCUUUUCUUUUUGGCAUAGUUUUUAUGAUGAACCUGUUAUUUUACAUACGAACAAAAUUUUGUGAAAAACAACCAACCUCUUCAUGGAACUGAGCCUAUUGCAAGAGUGCUUAGGGCUCAUAAAGAAAAAUUCUUCCCAGAAGGCAUCCAUCAUGUAGCUAAAUUGUCUUUUCCAGCAUCCCUUCCCUAGAGCUUUUGUUCCCUCUGUUGCUAAGAGCUGAAAAUGGCAUCUUCACGAUCAGCUCGCUGAGCCCGGCUCACCUCACCUCGGCCAGCCGGGCCGAGCUCUUCCCUUGAACCUGGAGUUACUCACACGCCAUCACGGCACCCUGCCUGGUUGCUUUGUUAAAUCAAUUGCUAAUUUAUCUACAGUUUACAAGACUGUUUUACCCAAAUACACAAACAGGAAUCUCUAUGCAUGUUUCUUCUCUCCCACCUCCGGAACACACUUAAGCGGUAGCUUUUUAUUCUUAGUGAUGAACAUUUAAUUUUAAAACAUUUGCAAUGUAUCAUGCUAGUUGCUCAAAUUGUUCAUGGCCUUAUGUUUCAGGUUUUUUUCUUUCUUCCAGUGGUACUUUAGCUGUUGAGUGCAGGUUACAACCUAUAUUGUUAGGCAGAUGGCUUCUUUAGGAAUAACUUUUAUAUUUAUUUAAAAAUUUUUAAAUUAUGGGAUUUUGUUUUUGUUGUUGUUGUUGUUGUCUUUGUUGUUGGUCAUUUGUCAAUAUUAAGUCACCAAUUCUGCUCACUUCUUGCCAUGGAUAAAAUUGGGUCUUUCUGGCCAAUUAAAAAAAAAAAAAACAACUUUAUAAAAUGGCACUUUAAACAAGCCAUAGAGAGUUUUGUUUUUAUAAUGCACGUGACAAAACAAAUACAUUUGUGAUGAAGGAACUGCUCAUCUAAGCAAAAGACUCAUGUAUGAUACGAUUAAAAGUCUUUUUGCGUUUUCCCCAUUUGAAUGUGUUUCAAAGGCUAAUUAUGAACUCAGUGGAGCAGUGAGAGACUGAUGAAACUGCACUCAGGCUCCUACACGCAGCCUCCACGCAGACAUCUCUCACUACUCCACACGUGUCAUUUCCUUUGCUGUGGGACCAGGGACCAUGUAAUUAAGGCGAGGGUUGUGGUAGAUGCUUCCAGGGUCGCUGUGCCUGUCCAUUAAGAGCUUCCCUCCUUUCUGAUAGAGAACAAGUCUGCCCAGACCCAUGCUUUUCAUAACUGGAGAACCCUGCAAACUGGCCACAUGCUGUGCACAUUUACGUAUGAGUACAUGUACAUAUACAACAGUGUUGAUUAUUCUGAACAAUAACGGCAUAAAGCAGUUGAGUUGCCGUUGUUGAAAACUGAGUUACAGUAACUUCGAACAACUGUACUUUCGUUAGAUUAGCAAAUCAUGUGUUUAAACAAAUCCCAUAUGUUGGGCAGCAGUUCAAAUAAGCACAGAAAAGCAUUGCCCAAACUUGGUUCUCUGACUCUCAUGUAUUUGUAAGGCUGGGAUUCAAAAUCAAAACAAAAACCCCCAACAACAGCAGGCAAGUGCUUUUUAACUCUGACAUCCUUGCUGUAAAUUCUUGAUGCUCAAAGUCUAACGAGACCUCCAUGGGGAACUCAGUGGCCCAUUUUCAGAAAGAGCAAAGCCAUCAAGAGUUCAAAGUGUCUCUAUGUCCUAUUUUUACCAAGUGAUGUCCCGACGGGGAAGAGAGCGGCCAGAGUGGGCUCUCCAGGUCUGAGAGAGAGUGUGGGAUGUGCUUCCUGAUGCCUCCUGGCAGCGGUGCCUCCCCUGUACAAAAGACGUCACGUGGUAUGCAGCGCCCGGGCGGCAGCUUGAGGUACCUUUUAUGAGGAAGACGUGCUGGGUGGGGCUGGGCUGGGAGAGGACAGUUAUUGACAAUGAUGUGCAAUGAAGUGACAAGAUGAGAGCAGAAUCCUGAGAGCUUUGAAUUUGAAGUGAUUUUUCCCCCAUAAGUUAUUUAUUCCUUUUUUUCUGUGUAAAUAUAUUUAUUUUACUGUGGAGCUCUAACAACUUCUGGAUGGUAAUGUGCAGAAUGUAUGGUAGGAAUGUAUUCUCUUGUAGGAAUGUAAAUCUGUAUUAAAGGGGGUCCAAGCCACCCCCCACCCCCGUCUUCUCAUUGAAUGCACAGUCCACAUUCAUUUUUUCUCUCCUUGCUAAUAUGGGUCUAUUUGAAAUAUGCAAAAGGUAUGGAUAAGAAAUGUUUUAAUACCUCCAAAUUUUUAAGAAAAUCAAGCAUCAAAGGGUUGAUAUUUUUUAAAGUUUUCUUAGUAGCACUUUCUCUUGAUAACAAAAGGGGCGACCACACGGGCACCCACGUUCAUACCAAAGGGUGAGAAAUGGCCAAGGCCUCCUCUACCCGAGUGUCUUGAUCAAUUGAACUUUUUAUUGCCAUAGCUCCUUGGAGUGCCCCAACUACCCCGAGGUCAAUCAAGGAAAAUUUCUUAACUAAAUAAGCUCCAAAGAGCCAAAGUAUCAACUUACGGAUCAUUUUUAAAGCUUAAAUUUAUUAACUACCUUUGCAGUAAACCGAGUUAUGAAUACUGCACGGGCAGCCUUCUUAAAUGACAGAUAUUAAAAAGAAAAAACUACUUUGUGCAGCGAUUGUUAUUCUGUUCUACAUAAAUUGUCUUAAUUUCAAAACCUUGCUGUUAAAAAUUGUACCUUUGUACAUUUUCUGGAAAUAUUGGAAAGAGCAUAUUUAAUCUAGCUGUAAGUGGUUAAUUUCCUGUAACUGCCCCCAACCUGGACGGCAGCGAGCUGUGCGUGUCCUGCUUAUGUACAGUUGUUUUCAAUGCUUCCAAGAAGGAGUCUAAAUGGGUCUUGAAAAUUAGCCAGGGUCAAAUGCUGUUGCAGAUAAAGCCAAUAAACACUUUGGAUUCUUUCGGGGAUAAUAGGUGUGGAAGAAAAGUUCAGUCCAUGUGUACAAACAGCCGAGCUUUUGAGAAAGAUGUACAUAGUGACAUGUUUGGUGCACGGGUUUGAGGAGGGCUUUUUGUCACGAAGGAGGUGUGACCUUUCCCCACAGACCUGAGAGCUGUGCCUUUUCUAUGCAAUAUUACAGUUGUCACAUCAGAACCCAGAGGGCUGUGUUCAAUGUAGGUUUGGGCUGUAAUUGAAAUAAUUGGACAGAUUAAAUGUACAUGGGAAUGAGCAGUCUUACUUUUGUAGUUUUAUAUUAUAUAAUAAACAGUUAAAAGAUGA